GAUUUUGUGCAGAAAAGCCCAGAGUUUUCAUCAGCGAAAAGUUGCCCAACCGUUUAAACAAAGCGCAGCCAACCAAGUCAAGAAGAAGAAGCUACGCGAAUGUGCGCUUUUGGUUACCUAUUGUUUUUCGCCCUAUUGUUAACAACAAUUCUGGUGCUGUCCAUUAUUUUCGCAACCACCUCCAAGCGAUCCAUGUUGGAUAGCUUUGUACUAGUAUUCAAUUACACACAAGAACACCAGCCAGACCAAGAAAUGCAGCAACAACAACAACCAACGGACUAUCAGCAACAACCACAAAUGUUCCUAAAACAGAAAAUAUUUUGAGUUCCAUGGGUUAAUGAGUAUAAUGCCCCGAAAAAUAAUAAAACGAAACAGAAAAUCAAUUGGACGCUAGUGUACGCGAGUGAAAGAAUUUCUCAGUUGGUCAAGUGAAAUUACCACUAGAAAGUUAAUAAAUAAAACAAAGAGUGA